AUGAGCGACGAUAACCACGUUCGUCUCAGUGAAGUCCAACUGGUCUCCUCGGAAUUCGGUCAUCCGCUGGAGGAUUGCUACAAACUUGCCGUUCAAUAUUACAAGAAAGGUUCGUGGGAUUGAAAAUAAUGUUCUCAUUGCCAGCUCUUAAUUAAAAUUUCUGUAGAACACGUCGGAAAGCAAGAGCCGGUGACCUACGAUGACCGUAUCAAAUUGCUGGCGCUGAGCAAACAGGUACUAUUUUCCAGUGUUUUUCAUUGCGAAAAGCGAUUUUCAGGUGCAAAAUGGUCCGUUCUCUUCUGAAAACGACAACGCCGGCUGGCUGGAUAUCACCGGAAACGAUGUGAAGUGAGUUCUCAUUCCAUUCAUCACUCAAAAAUAUUCCGGCUACAAACCUUAGGAAUAUAUUUGUAUUUGUGUAUAUUUUCUAAUUUUUCCGCUCCCUCCGGCAAUGACCUUGAACACACACACUCAGUUUGGGAGAAAUAAGAAGAAAAACACGGUGAAGCGGGGUCCGCUGCCCAAUUUCCUUCAUAAAUUCGAUUCCGAAAGGAGAGCAGUAAAUCGAAAGACGCUCCUCCCCAUUCUCCGGCUCCAAAUGCUCCAAAUUUCAUUUUGUAACAAUUUGAUGUGUCGCCGAAGAACAACGGCAAUGGCUCCUCGGCUCAAAAGAAAUCCUACUUUUUCCACUACAACCAACUCGUUCUUCUAAUCUCUUUGGGACGUUUAUACAUAUGUUUUGGAAAAAGUUCUUGAAUCUUCUUUCGCCGUCGUCGCUUUCUUCGUCUUUUUCUUUUCCACUAACCCCGCUAUUAUUGUUCCUUUUCACACAUGUUGACAAUUGGCAUCGAAUUCGAAUUCGAUUCUGUUUCGUUUUCUUUUUUUUCUAUAGACUUCUAACUUCCAGCUCUUCUUUUCUUGUGUGCUCCAUCAGAAGAACUACAGUAGUACCCAAGUAGUAAUCCGAAGGAAAUGUAAUUAGAAUGUUAUUCAUCAUACACUUUUUUCUCCUUCCGCUUCCGAUGAAAAGAAGAAGAUAAGGCACAUCAUCAUUCAUCCUUCACAUGAAGAAGAUGACACAAAUUUAUGCGCCGCACACUUUUCACUCUGUCGUGUCGACAGGAAGCUUGGGGUUCUUGUCACACCGAGAAACUCCCGAAAUCUCUGGAGAAUAGGCGACCGGACGGAAGAGUUUAGGAGCGAAAAGUUAUUCUUCUUCCUCUCUCUUUCUCGCCUCCUCUCACCGCACAACUUGUUACAUUGUUGUGGUAAUCUUUUUUGGGUGGUUAUGGUCGCGUGUUUGCUGCUUUUCGUUUUCAUUACUCGCAAAAAGUUCAGAAAUGAACUACUUCUCCUCCUUCUCUUCCCUCCUUGUCGUUCGUCUCUGAAAGCACGUCAUCUGAAUUCUAGGUUCCCGUGAUCAGUUUUUUUUUCGUGACCUUUUCCAAAGUGAAAAAAGUUGCUAGAUUAUAGCUUUUCGAUAAGAAGCCCUACCACGUCAUCCAUCCUCGGUCACCUCUGCUCCUUGUUAUCCGGUUUUCCCACGAGGAUUUCCUAUAUUUCUUCGUUUGUUUCACACGAAGCACUACACACUCUUCGAGCCAACACUUCGUACAAUCUUUGUUCUUCCUCUUCUUCCUCUUCAAUUAAACAUCCAAUAGUGUUUGACAAUUCGAAGCUAAAUCAAAUUUCGGCGCGGCCCGGCUUCCCGAAGAUUCCUUUCCUGUACGAAAGUAAACAGCGAAAAAAAAGAAGAAGAAGGGACGUCUUCAUGCUUCUUCUUCUCCCAAAAUCGAAUUUGUGUGUGCCUUACCCAAAAUCUUCUAACUUAACAAGCACAAGAAGAAGAAGUGACAAGGGCUGACUGCUUCUGUCGAAAAGAAGAGAGGAAUGCUAAUAAGAUGAUGGCGUUGUAUGUGUGCGCUGUCUUCGUCGUCGUCCUGCGCCGCCUUUUCCCUUCAAUUCCCUCAAAUGUUUUUGGAAGAACUGAGUGACGUUUCUCUCCUGGAUUACGGUAGAAUCUGAACGAAAACGAAUAAUUGGAUGGCUAUAAAAGUCCAUUGUUCUGAUUUAUGGCUCUGAGCAGCUUUUCCGUCCCAUUCCCUCAUGCUCUGUUCGCUAUUUUGUGUCAGUCGGAAUAUUGUGGUUUGAUGACUCCUUGUCUGUCACUCCUCCUCCACAAAAUACACUUUCUGAGGAGUUCAAUCUAGGAAAUUGGCUUCUCCUUUUCAUGUCUUUCUCUUGGAUGCUCUGAAGAACCAGGCGCGGCGAGAAGUUUUGAAUUGUUGACUCUGUUGCCAUAAUUGAACCUAAUUUUGCACAAUUAUUAGUCUUCGUAUGGACUUUCUAUCGUUAAAAUUACAGGCUUUUUUUUCUAACAUGUUGAGAAAGUCCAGUCUUCGAAAACCUAUUAUCCAAUCCGGGUUCAUCUGGAAAACAAAUGUUCUCGCUCUUUCCACCGAGCCAUUCGUCAUUUCGUCUUGCGUGUUAGCCCAAGGAGCCCAAGAGAGGCUGUCUCUCAUUCUCUAAUCUUCCUGAAAAUCCCUGCCCAGCUAACGGUUUUUCAUUCGCUGUGGUUGUUGUUCGUUUUCUGAUCGGCUUUGCUAGAAUUUCUUCUUCCACAGGUUCUACAAUAUUCAGCUCCUCUUUAAUCGUUUCUUUUCCUUGCUCGGAUGUGGUCAUGCUUCUUGAAUAGAAUGUAUAAUUGACAGAUGUAGAGGAAAAGCUUGGAGAAGUUUUGAUGCUGAUGUACUUUUCGAAAAACAUUUAGGCGAGACACUAAUAUUCGGAUGUUCUUCUCACUAGAAGCCAUUCAUACUGAUCAGACAUUCUUUGUUGGAGACUCGAUCUUCUCAGCCAAUGAUCAUCAAAUUCUCAUUUGUGCAAUGAACAAUAUUUGUUCGAAGUAAAAGCAGCUAACUGCUCCUCCUUUCUUAGCUUUGCCUCGAUUAUCUCAAAUACCUGAGGCACGCUUGAAUUUUCUAUUCAAAACUGUUUCGCUCAGAUUAUUCUCACCUUUCUAAAAAUAACUAUCUCCAACCCCAUAGUUAUCAAAACGUAUAUUUCAGCAAAGCUUGGCGCGAGCUCGGUUCGGUGUCCCGCGACGAAGCGAUGGCCUCGUUCGUCUUCCUCGUCGACCGUGUCUGUCCGCCGUUCAAAGGAUUCAUUGCCGACAAAAGAGCGAUGUGAGUCACACUUAAAUUAUUCCUCCGUCCUUUUGUGACCACAAACGCAAUUGACGUAUAUAUUCGAGAAGGAGGCCGUCCUCCAAAAACAGCUCGUUUUGUUGACUCGAUUUCCAAAUAUUCCCUCAUGUAUUAUGCCCAUUUUACAAUGACCGGUCUCCCUUUUCGACAGAGUGAGUGGCACUAGAAGUACUAAAUUAAAAACGUGUUGGCUGACUCAUUUCGACCCGAAAUAUCCUAGGGCCUCGCUCUUCUUCCUAGUCGUUUUCCGUCGGUUUUAAUUGAAAACGAGCACCCUCUCCAUCUUCCUUCCAUAUAUAUUGGAAUGCUCCAAGAGCAGCUCUUCGUCUCCCUCUCCCUCUCUUUUUCUCUGUUUCGCCAUGGCUCAUGCCUCUUUCAUUCUCUAUUGAUCACUCACGGGCACACAAAUAACUCUCGUUUCCCCUCACAUUUUCCACUGGCGAAAGCUCCUCCUCUUCCUCGCCUUCCAAUGUGCUCGUUGCCUCACAUAACCAUGGCUACUAGGCUCUCGCAGCUCUUUUACGAGCCCCCAUUUGCACUUUUUUCUUUUCAGAAAAGACGCGGAAUUAAAAGAAUUCGCGCCGCAGGUGACAGAACAAAGCGCUCGACCGCCGUCGCUUCAGCAAGUCGAUCAGCGUCUUUUUGAGGAUCAAAGGUUUUGAUAUUUUUAAACAGUCCCUUCUCAAAUUGUGCUCUUCCAGGAAGCAGAUCCAAGAAGCACUGAACGCGCAGACGUUCCAGCAGUUCUCCGCCUACGCUCAACAGCAAUUCCCCGACCAACCGGAGCAACAAGCAACUCUCAUUCGGCAGCUCCAAGAGCAACACUAUCAGCAAUACAUGUCGCAGGUUUCGCAUUGCGUGAUAGUGUAAUAUUCAUAAAGUGUGCUCAGGUAUACGCUCAGCAAGCGACCAACCCGAAUGGCGAGUUGAGCGCCGAAGAGCAGCAUCAGCAGCAGAUCCGACGCGACGACGAUUCUGAUGUGUCGGACGAUGAGGCUGGGGAAGAUCUUCCUUGUAAGUUGUAGGUUUCUAAGAAGCUCUUCUUCUUCUACCACUACUAAAACCCCCUUCAGUUCACUUCUCUCUUCUUUUCCUCCUUCCUCUCUCUCUCUCUCACUCACACCCUAUUCACACUCCCUAACACAACAAUUUUGUGUUUCAUUUCUCUUUGUAGUGUCUUCGAUUCACGCAAAUAUGGGCCUCUUCUGUCACUGUAUGUUUCACCACCAAAACAACAAACUGCAUCCCUUUUCAUUGCUGUUUUCUCUUCCCCAGCUUGCUCUUUCUCUCGUGGUGUUUGAGCUUUAAAAUUGUUCGAAGCAUCUUUUCUUUUGUUAUUCGAGCAUGAUAAUAUAAUGAGUGACGUGGUACACCUUUGCAUGCGAAUAAUACUGCGUCGCCAGCCCGCUCAGCUUUUCAAUGGCCUUUUAUAUAACUGGCCCUCUUUCUCCCGAAAAAAAUCCCAUUGUAGCCAAUCCUGCAAUCUCGCCUGCAUCGCUCUGGAAUCGACAGGAUAUAAACGAGUUCAAAACGAACAUUAAGAAGGACGGAAACGAGGGAAUCAUAAAAGUGGGACACGGCGAGACUGUGACUGUCCGUGUGCCGACGCACGAGAAUGGAUCUUGUCUGUUCUGGGAGUUCGCCACCGAUCACUACGACAUUGGAUUCGGCGUCUACUUCGAGUGGACCGUCGCCGACACCAAUCAAGUAUCGGUGCAUGUCAGCGAGUCGGACGACGAGGAGGACUACGACGAAGCGAUCGAAGGAGAAGGAGCACCGGCGGCCGGAGGAGACGUGGAGAGCGGUGGAAACAUUCAGACCAGGUAUUCUACUCUUUCGUGGGUAUUGUAAUCUUUCGUGUGUAUAUACUCUUUCGCAAAAUCUGUGUUUUGUAGACGAGUCGAUCCAAACAAGCCACGUCAGGACGAGAUCAUUCCGGUGUACAGAAGAGAUUGCCACGAGGAGGUGUACGCAGGAAGCCAUCGCUAUCCGGGACGCGGAGUCUACCUGCUCAAGUUCGACAAUUCGUACUCUUUGUGGAGAUCAAAGACGCUUUACUAUCGUGUGUACUACAGCAAAUAA